AUGUUGACCAACAACAGUUGUCUACAUAUUGGGCCAGUGUAUAGUGUAUAUGGGUCUGAUAGUGACUCGACUUUGGACACUAAAAUGAACUGGAGGUUCUGGUUUUCGCAGCAUGCCACUCAUGGUGUCCGCACAAAACUGGACUUGAAUUCCUUUUUCACACUUCCUGUCGACCUGUAUAUGGGUCUGAUAGUGACUCGACUUUGGACACUAAAACGAACCGGAGGUUCUCGUUUUUGCAGCAUGCCACUCAUGAUGGAUUCAUGCACUCUAGAUUCUAGCAUCAAGAAAUUUGAUUUUCAACUUCCUUUUCAUGCGGCCGUGGACCUCUACAAAAUUGACGGCUACUCGGAGCCGUUCUUGAAAGAGAUUUAUGUUCCGUUUGAUGAAUCGGGGUGUACUCUGAAGGGCAGCACCCGCUUUGAUGGUUAUCAAAUUCCAAACCGUGCUACAUUUCGUAUUCCGACUUAUACUAAGCGUCUUAGGAGAGGGAGGUUUGGCUCGGUUUACAAAGGUUGGGUUGACGAGAGCACACUGGCGGUAUCACGGCCCGACUCGGGUAUGGUUGUGGCCGUCAAGAGGCUGAAACAGGACAGGUGGCAGGGGCACAAGGAAAGUUACGUGCUGUGGUUUGGGUUGUGUUGUCAGGCUGAGAUCAACUACCUGGGGCAAAUUAGUCAUCCGAAUCUCGUGAAGUUAAUCGGUUACUGCUUGGAGGAUGACCAUCAGGCUUUUGGUGUAUGA